GCCCCCCAACACCUCCUUUUCUGUUGGCUUGAGGUCACUGGAACGUUUUUAUAGAAAAAAAGUAUUAAUGUGUUUGUGCUUAAUGUAGCCUAGUGCACGAUGUCUUCUCACUACCGCAACUUCCGAAACAACGUGCCGUGGCUGAUCUUUUUUCUGGAAGCUGUUUUCAUUGUUCUUUUUUACUUUUUGUUCUCAGGUAAUGAUGCAAACGAAUCACUCAUCUCCUACCCAGCUUUUCAAGAUGUCAACCACAUGGUACUUUUUGGAUUUGGCUUUUUCCUGACAUUUCUGAAAAGAUACGGGUUUAGCAGCACUGGAUUCAACCUCCUGAUCAUUGUACUUGGUGUCCAAUGCUCCGCUCUGGUGGAAGGUUUAUUGGAUUUACUUUAUGAAAUGCCCCAGGAACAUGGUAUGACAAGAAUAACAAAGGCCACUGUGAGUACGACUGCUGUGGUCAUCUCUGCUGGAGCUGUCCUUGGGAAGACUAAUCCUGUGCAAUUAAUUCUGAUGACAGUUUUGGAGAUAAUAUUUUUCUAUAUGAGCAAAUGGACCAACAACAAAUUACUACAGCUUUCAGACAAUAGCAGCAUGAUGCAUGUUCACCUCUUUGGAGCCUACUUUGGCCUGGCAGUCUCCUCCUGCUUCUCCGAGCCAUUGCCAAGGUCUGAGAAGAAUGCAAGCACCCCAAAGUCGGAUUUAUUGUCAAUGUUGGGUACUCUCUUCCUCUGGGUGUUCUGGCCAAGCUUCAAUUCUAUACUAGUUGUGGACAAAAACUGGACAUUGAUCUACAACACCUACAUUGCCCUUGCCGUGAGCGCUGUCACUGCCUUCACCUUGUCUGCUAUGACCACAAAGGAUGGAAAAUUCAGAAUGGCUCAUAUCCACAGUGCUGUACUAGCUGGUGGGGUUGCUCUUGCUUAUACAGACCUCAGAGUCCAAUAUCCUUGGAUUGCAAUGAUUUUGGGUCUGCUUGCCAGCGUGAUAGCCAUAUUAGGAUCUUACUGCUUACAGGGAUGCUUGAAUCCUCCUCUCAAGAUUCAUGAUUCCUCUGGAGUUCAUUUCACUUUUGGCCUCCCUGCUGCGCUUGGAACUCUUGCCUGGGUCAUUCUCACAGCAAUGGAAAGUGGAACUUAUUUCCCAGGUUGGGGUCAUUUGAUCAUGUUCCGUGUUGGUGCCUUCUGCGCGACCAUCAGCAUCGCCUUGAUAACGGGGCUUAUUACAGGUUUAAUCUUAAACCUCAAAGUGUUUAAGACUGCCCCUGUGUCAAAGUAUUUUGAAGACCAGUUUUAUUGGGAGUUUCCCCACUUGGCUGUUGGAUUUUGAGCAGAGGAUCCCAGAUGACAGAUUUGACUGGAAUAAGCUUUUCCCCGUUUGCCGCCAGAGAAAAGGAACCGCUGCGAUGGGCCAAAGGGCACUUACGGGUCAGUUCUCAGGCUCCAAAAAAGCCACCCCAAUGGACAAACACACAAAAUUAGGAAUGAACUGGUUUAGUUAUUCCUGAAAGAUACAGGGUGUAAACUUAAAGCCGCAAAUUUACAAUGCAUUUAGCUUUUCUGCUCUCGUGGUCUUACCUUGCCUAUUUUUGUAGGAUACGUCCAAAUAGUUGGCUGCAUUCACUGCUGGAAUGGCUUAGCAAGCAAAAUGCUUGGAAACUUUAAACUAUUUUCAGCUCCCAAGUUUAAAAGCCAAAAAUAUGUAUUUUAAAGUAGAAUUUUUCAAGGAGUAGGUACUCAUUCUGAUUAGUGAAGUAUUAAAGUACUUGUUUUUAAGCUAAAUGAAUUCUGUUGAAGGCCUUGUUAAGGAUUUGCUGAGUGAGCUGGAUCAGGGCCAGCCUGAACUGAGUUAUCCGACUGCUGAAAGAAAAAUAUCUAAUUACUUGGUUGGAAGUUUGAACGGCAAGAAGUAAAAUUGUUCUGCUUGUGGAUGGUGCCCCUGAAAUCGGUGGUAUUACUUGUGUUUAUUUGGCAGCAAAGCUCAGAGCAGCAUCGUACUUUGAGAUGUUUUACUGGGAGCCAGGGAGGGUUUUGGUGCCCGAGGUAGGGCCUGACAGGGCAGAGGAUUCUGCACAAACCCAUUUUUAAAUGGAUUGUGAUCCGCAGCGUUUCUUCGUUUCAAAAUAGUUGACAUAGAAAAAAACUCUUCCAAUAAUGCUUACAUAAUAAAAAAAGUCUAUAUUUG